AAGGUAAAUUUAGGUAAAACUCUCUUUCAGUUAUACAUGAAAUCAAUGAAGCAAACAGUUAGUUAUCAACCAGUAGUUACAACAAAAUAAGCGUUUGUCUAUCUAUCACCCUUGAAAUUGUUCAUAAUAACGGAUUUUAUCAACUGAUACAAUACGACAAUGGGUCAAUUACAGCUUGAAGAUCUUCUGGAACAGAGUGGUGGGUGCGGAAGGUACCAAAUCAUUUUGUGUUUUAUUGUACAUUCAAUGAAAGGCAUCGUAUGCUUCAGUAUGCUAUUCAUGACAUUCGGUGCCGCCAAACCAGAUUGGUGGUGUGUAAACGACUUUGAUGGUUUGAAUGUUACGUACACGACGGACAUGCCGCAAUAUAAAUCCUGUGUAGCAGCAAAUGGAACAUCUUCGUGCACUAAAUUCAUAUUUGAUGACUCAAUGUCUACCAUCGUUACGCAGUGGGACCUGGUAUGCGACAAAGCUUGGGUUACUUCAACCAUUACAUCAAUCCAAAUGGCAGGGGUUUUAGUGGGAAACCUUGCAUGUGGCCAGGUGGCAGACCUUAUCGGAAGGAAACCUCCACUCUUUCUCUCAUUAUUAGCAUUGAUUCUGCUCAACGCUUUGACUGCCUUUUCAACAACAUGGACAAUGUUUGCAGCCGUUCGUUUCUUCAUUGGUCUUGCAAUGGGAUUCGAACUUACAGUUCAAUAUAAUUUGAUGGUAGAGUUUGCACAGGCCAAAUGGCGAACCUGGGUUGUAGCAGUACCUUCAUGGGCAAUAGGAACAUUAUUGUUCGCUAUGGCUGCAUGGCUCCUCAAGGAUUGGAGACAUUUACAUAUAUUUGCAGCUGUCUACGGAAUUCCAUUACUGGCAAGCUACUGGUUUGUUCCGGAAAGUUUUCGAUGGUAUGUAGGGCACGACAGAAUUAGAGAUGCCGAGAAUAUUAUCAAAAAGGUAGCUAGAGUGAACGGAAAACCAGCACCGGAGAUAUUUUCGUUGAGGAAUGACAUCAAUGAUACACACGACACAGAUAAGAAAUAUACAUUUUGGGACCUAGCAAAUGAUAGACAACUGCGUAAAUAUUCGCUUCUCCUUAUCAUUGUUUGGAUCACGCUUGGGCUUGGAGGAUAUGGAAUCCAAUAUGGGAUAACCGAUCUGUCUGGAAACCUGUUCAUAAAUAUAUUUCUAUAUGGUUUGAUAUCAAGCCCGACGCAGUUUGUUUGCGUCUACCUCCAAAACAGAUUUGGUCGUAAGAAGACAGCCAUAAUAUUUUACAUCAUAACUGCAGUCGCUUCAUUAACAGUAGCAGUUGCUUAUCGUUUCAGAGAUUCGCUUGUCAGAGGUCAGCUUACAAAUUCUGCUGCAAUAAUUGCACUAAUAGCAGUAAACACUGCCUGGUCACCAAUUCAGACAUUGACAAUAGAAACUUACCCUACAGUUGUCAGAAAUAUUGGUUUUGGGCUACAGAAUACAAUGGCCAGAUUAGGUGCAGUAAUCGGCCCACAGCUUGUAUUCUUGGACACGAAGAUAGCUGGGAGUUUGUAUUGGAUAUGUGCUGCUGGUACGAUAGUGUCAAUUUUCCUGACAAUACCUAUACCGGAAACGUUUGGUAUAGAUCUGUCGGACAAAAUUAUAAAGCCUUUAAGUUUAGAAGAACAAUCCUUGCAAGACAAAAGUGAAAAAGAGAACUUGACAGAGCAGCCAUGAAAAAUAGAAAUUCAAUCGAUGAAACGACACAUAAUCAAGUACUAUGAGACUUUCGAUCAGGUGUUCUUUAGAUAAGCUUUGAACUUGGCAAAACAAAAAGAAAUAAGAAGAAUACAAUGGAAAUCAUAAUGUACCGAAUAUUUAAAACUUGACUUACAAAAGUUUUCAAUUGCAAAUGGUGUAACUGAAAUAUAGGCAAUGGAAAAUAAAAUGCAUAAAACAUCGUUCUGUUUGAUAAAAUAAACUUAUUAAGUUUUUGCAACUAUUCCUAGAAUAUUUAAUAUAGUUUUACUUCGCAUUUCUAAUAAAUAUGUCCACUCUGGUAUCAAAUUCUUUUUAAAGAAAUACAUGUAUGUUGUCAUGUUUUGCUCUGAAUAAUUCUUAAACAUUUAAUCCAGUCACUGGAAUUGUUUCAAAAUGCUUAUUAUAAAUGCACUUUUCGCAGUUAUAUUGAUAUAUUAGAAAAUAUCUUUAAAACCACUUGAUAAUAAUUAAUUCUGUAUCAAUUUCUGUAAAAAAAAUGCAUAUCUUCUAUGUAUUAUAAAACGAUUAUUGAGACACAGCAGACAGGUCAAAGAAUGAUAGGUCAAUUUAUUAUGUAACGAAAAUAAUGUUUACCGUUAAUUUGUAUUUAUUUUUUAUAUAUUUUGUGGUGUAAUUUGCAUAUUUACAGUGUACAUAUUUGUUCAAAACAUAUUUAUUACUGAGUAAAUAAAACAAAUGCAAAAUCACAUUCACUGUGAUCAUAAUAUAAUCCUGUAUUUAUAAAUUUUAUUUUUGGACACAUUGGACUUUUGGGCUAACGAGCUGCUAUAAACUGAGCUCCGCAUACAAAGAUAUAAGUGUAUGUUUAGUUAAAAUAUAGUUUAUUUCAAACAACUUCACAUCAUAUAUACAAAAAGUAGAGGUUUUGAUGCUAACGCAUCAAGUCGCCGGAUAGAAAUAUGAUUGUAUUAUCGUAAACAUAAGAAAAU